AUGGACCCCCUCCCCCGGCGCCUCCUCUUCAUAGCAUCAAUAGGCAACAAAUCCCCCUACCACAAAACCCGCCACAGCGCAGGCCACCUCCUCCUCGACGCCGUAAUCCCCCUCCUCCAAAAACACCUUCCAAACACAGGCCUCUACCACGAAACCUGGCACAGCACAACCUGGAUGAACGAGUCCGGACCGAAACUCGUGCGCAGACUAGAAGACUUCGCGAAAGAGCGUCACUCCCGUCUUGAGCGGAUUGCGGCUCUUUCUGCGCAAAAGAAUCCGGAACAGGAUGGGGAUUUUGCACAGCUCUCAAAAGGACUGCCCACGACUCUCAUUAUUCUACACGAUGAACUGGAGAAUCAGCGGGGCACGCUACGUGUUAAGGCGGGUGGGCCGGAGAAGGCGAGUUUGCGCGGGCAUCGUGGGUUGAUUAGUAUUUGUGAGACGCUGCGGGGGAAGAAGUUGUAUCCUCCGCGGUUCAAUGCGAAUACCGGGAAUGCGGGGAGGGACGCGGGUCCAGGGGUCUUGGGGGAUCUGUCGAUACUGCGUGUCGGGAUUGGGAUUGGAAGGCCUACGUCGAGGGAGAAGAAUGCUGUUUCGGAUUAUGUGCUGAAGAAUGCUACGGAGGCGGAGAUAGAGAGCUAUCGUGCCAUGGCGGGGUCGGUUGUGGAUGUCAUUAGAGAUGAGCUGUACAGACCUGCUGGGAAGGUUUGA